GGUAAACACUUGAAACGAUCCAAGCGCUUUAAAUAGUUGAAUUAUGUAUGACAAAAUACGCUGUAUCUUGUUUAAAGUGAAAUGUACUAUACAUGAUGUAGGUUAAUUAAUUCUGAUCUGUUUUCGUGUAAAUGCAUAAUAUAUGCAUUUGGAUAUUGCCCUAUUACGAUGAAAAUCACGACAGUAAAUUUGAAAUUGAUGGUUUAAACUUAAAAUCACGGAGCAGAAAGUGGUUGAUAGUUUGUACAUCAUGACAGAGACGACCGGUAGAUGCUCUCUGUCUUGGGUCAGAUGCGACAGGCGAUAAUUUACUUGAUUUACAAAUUUCAAUUGAAAUUGAAAUCAUCAGCAGUCAUGGUAAAAUAGGAUACAGAAAUCCUAGUUUUCAUCUGAAUAAUUUGGUAAAAAUAUUGGAGCCACAGUAGCAAGAUGGUAGAAAAACUUGUAUGGGAAGAUUAUAUGACCAUUGGCAUCUACUUUGCCAUUGUCCUUGCAGUUGGACUAUGGUCAACAUGCCGGCCAAAUCGAGGAAGUACAACAGGAUACUUCCUGGCAGGGAAGAAUAUGCACUGGAUUCCGAUUGGUGCCUCAAUAUAUGCCAGUAACAUAGGAGCGCCCAUGUUUAUUGGGUUAGCUGGCACAGCCGCUGCUAUGGGAUUCUCUGUGACCAUCUACGAGUGGCAUUCAAUCUACUUUUUAAUACUGCUCGGCUGGGUGUUUGUUCCCGUAUAUGUUGCCUGUGGUGCUUACACAAUGCCAGAGUAUCUCCGAAAGAGGUUUGGUGGAAAGCGAAUACGUCUUUACUGCUCGGUGCUUUCCCUUGUUGAGUACAUUUUGCAUAAUAUAUCGGCAGAAAUAUAUUCAGGUGCUAUUUUCAUGCAACAACUGCUCGGCUGGAACAUGUACCUAUGUGUGUUCGUCAUUCUAGCAGUCACUGCAGUCUAUACAAUCGCAGGUGGGCUUGCGUCCGUCAUUUAUACAGAUACUCUACAAACUGUUGUACUUAUAGCCGGUGCGACAGUUGUAACAUCCAUGUCACUAAUAGAGAUAGGAGGCUGGAACGGUCUACUUGUACGUUACCCUCAGGCGGCCACAAACUAUACCUUGUACAACCAGACACUGUACCAGUGCGGGAUGCCGAGGGAGGAUGCCUUCCACAUAUGGAGAAGUGCUACAACAGGUGAUAUUCCAUGGCCAGGAGCUCUCUUCGGUUUGACCACACUGGGUUUGUUUACUUGGUGUCAAGAUCAGGUAAUCGUUCAGAGGUGUCUUUCCGCCAAGAACCUUGGUCACGCCAAAGCUGGAUCUCUCCUAGCAGCUUUUCUCAAACUUUUUGGAUUUCUUCUUUUUAUAAUUCCCGGAAUGGUCAGCAGAAUUCUUUAUACAGGUGUUCGAGGGCUGAUGUUGGCGGCGUUACUGGCCGCUCUGAUGAGCUCGCUGACAUCGAUAUUCAACAGUGCAAGCUCAAUCGUGACCUUAGAUAUAUGGACCCUGUUCCGCAAGAAAGCCAAAGAAACAGAAUUAAUGAUCGUUGGCCGUGUUACUAUUUUAGUACUGAUUGGAGUGAGUAUUCUCUGGUUGCCAGUCCUACAGCAGUCACAGGGCGGGAUCCUAUGGUUCUACUUACAGGCUGUCAGGUCUUAUUUGGUGGUUCCCUUGUGUAUGAUAUUCCUGUUGGGAUUCUUCUGGAAAAGAAUGACGGAACAGGGUGCAUUCUGGGGAAUAAUGGUUGGGCUAGUUGUUGGUUUGAUACGGAUGGGCUUGGACUUUGCCAUUUCUGCACCAUAUUGUGGGAGCGGAGAAGAAGACAAGAGAUUUCCGAUUGUAGCUAAAGUGGACUUCCUGCAUUUUGCAAUCAUCUUGGCAGGUGUGAGCACAAUAGCAAUGGUUGUAAUCAGUCUGUUUACAAAACCAAGGCCAGAGAGAAAGCUUUAUCGUGUCACGUGGUGGACACGUCACGCUAUACCGGAACCGGAACUUACCGAUGAUGAAGAGGAAGAGGAAGCUUCGCAUCCAAAUACCAUGGAAAUACAGGAACCUGAUAUUGGCAAGAAAUCCGGUAUGGCGAACUGCUCGAGGUAUUUCAGAAACUGGCUAUGUGGCACCACUGACCAACCGGAGAAAUAUAUAUCACCUGAGGAGAAGGCAGAAAUACGCCGGAAGUUGACGUCAUUAGAGCACAAUGCUAAAUGGGGAAGAGUUCUCAAUGUAGCUGCAAUAGCAGUCGGAACUAUAACUGCAUUUUUGCUAGUAUAUUUUGGCUGAUUCAACAUUACAUUCCAAAACGAGACUUAAACAUAUCAUGUGCGUUUUAAUGUACACUAGUAGAGACAACUGAAAUAACAUAUCAUGAGAAUACAUAAUGUGAAUUUGUACUGGUAUGCGUGCAUUCACUGCAGUAAGAUAUCGUGCGCUUUUGUAUGUACAAAAGAUGCAAAUGAAAUCAGAAUACUGUUGUUUUCCGGAACGAUGUCAUUGUCUUAUAUAAUCAUAUAUUCAUUACUUUGCAUUUCAGCAUUAUACGGUCAUUAUAGCCUUGUAAACAUCACAUUUGUUAGAUCAUUUGAUAUAUCAAUUUGUCAGUUUUGUUAUAAUAUACAUGUAAGGCUUCUUAUUGUUUCAGAAUUAAUUUGCGCUGCAGCUAGGUGAGGUUUGCAAGAGGUCAAUUUUAUAUGAAAUAAAUGAAAAUAUAUUCA